AUGGAUAAGAUGAAGUUUUGCAAUGAAUUGGUGACGAACGAAGAACAGAAGAUAUACUACUACUAUAACAUGUUGAGCGCCGAGUAUAGGGAGUUUAUGACUCCUUCAAAAUACGAGACCGUUACCGAGAUCAUAAACGUUGCUCGGGAACGGGAAAUUGAAUUGAAAAAGCAAUUGGAGCGGGGUGAAAGAAGGGCAUAUGUUGUUAAUCCAAGCCCUACCAAGAAGACACGAACGAAUGAAACUGGGAAGAAAUCUAAUGUAAAAGGCGGGUCACCUAGUUGCAAGAUUUGUGGAAAAGGUCAUAAGGGCGAAUGUCGCUUCAAGGAUAAACCUUGUCCCAUAUGUCGGAAGACGGGACAUAUGGCUACAUCAUGCCUGGAAAAAGUGACGGUCUGCUACAAUUGUUAUCGACCGGGUCACAAGAAGUCGGAAUGCCCGGAGCUAAUUGGAAAGAAAGACGGGCAAGACACGAAAGGCGAAGCCCCAAAAGCAAAGGCAAGAUCUUUCCACUUGACUGCCGCAAAAGCAAAGGUUGAACCCGAAGUGGUUUCAGAAGUAGAGAUAGGUAAUAACAAGAGUUUUAUCGUUUGUGAUGUAUGUGAAAACUGUAAAUUGAGCAUUGAUGACGAAGAAUACACAAUAGACUUGAUCACGAUGUCGAUGGGAGAAUUCCAAGUGUUCGUGGGUAUGGAUUGGCUGUCCCGAUACCACGCAAAAGUGGCAUGUUUCCGAAAGGAAAUAAAACUGACGUCUCCUAGCGGGAAGCACGUUACAAUAUACGGUGAAAAAGUCGGUAACCCGGUGGUAUGCACAAUGUUAGAAGCUCACCGACUUAUGAAACAUGGAUGCAAGGCCUAUAUGGUGUACGCAAGUGAGUCGGAAAAUAAAUCCCAAAAAAUCGGAGAUGUGCCCGUGGUACGUGAUUAUGGGGAUGUGUUCCCUGAAGAUUUUUCGGGAAUACCAUAA